AGGCGUUUUAAAGAGCAGGAUUCCAACCUCCUCUUCCGAAAGAGAACAGCUUUUCGGCUGAGAGAGAGAGACGGUCAGGUGUUGGUGGCGGCGCACGGUGGUUGAGGUGGUGGUUGUAGUGGCACGACUCGUCGCCUGCUGCUGCAACCAACUGUAAACAACCGCAAUCUCCACGGCAUUUCAAAUUAAAUUAAAUUUCAAUUUUCAUUUGGAUAAUUUUAUGUUUAUAAAAUUCAGAAAUUGAAAAUAUCAGCUUCUUUGGCGUUGUUCGUUUUGGCCUCGCCGAUAUGGUCAAUAGUAUAUGCGUAUAUACCCUCUCUCUCUCCUCUCUCACUUUCUCUCUCUAAAGCUUUUGUAUUUGUGCGCGACAUUGGUGAUUUCCUACAAGCCUCCAGAAAUCCCCACGCGCAUUUGCCUCCUCCCCUACUGGAUUUUUUUAUGAAGAAAACGUUCCACUGAAAAAGAAAUAAAUAAAAAACCGAUCUUCCAGCUACAACAUUUGAAUUGUGAUCAUAGUUGUUGUGGAAAUACUAUUAGAGUGAGUGAUGCAGUUCAAAAACGUGUUUCACGAGCUACUGGAAAUGAGAGAUGACAAGGGGAAGAAAUCAAGAAGAGGAGGGGAAGAGAGGAAGCACACGCGCCGCCGAGCUAAAUCUCACAUUGCCCCAGAGCAUACGUUGUCAUCACCUGCAUCAGUUGAGCAAAGCAAGUGGGCAAACUUGCCCCCAGAGUUGCUUCUUGACAUAAUCCAACGCGUCGAAGAGAGUGAGACUUCCUGGCCUGCUCGGAGAGAUGUGAUUGCUUGUGCUUCGGUUUGCAAGUCAUGGAGGGAGAUUACGAAAGAGAUAGUCAAGACUCCUGAGCAAUGUGGCUGGCUUACCUUCCCUGUCUCACUCAAGCAGCCGGGACCAAGAGAUCAUCCGAUCCAAUGCUUUAUUAAGAGGGAAAGAGAAACUUCAACGUAUCUACUGUACCUUGGUCUUAGCCCCGCUCUGUGUGGGGAUGUGAGUAAGUUAUUGCUGGCAGCAAGAAAGGUCAGAAGGGCAGCAAGUACACAUUUUGUGGUGUCCUUGGCUGCAGAUGAAUUCUCUCGAGCAAGCAAUUCUUACGUUGGAAAACUAAGGUCUAAUUUUCUGGGUUCCAAGUUUACCGUUUAUGACAGUCAGCCUCCACAAGGCUCAGCAAUCCAAACAAAUUAUUGGUCACACCGAAAGAUGAAUUCAAAGACGGUAUCUCCAAGGAUACCUGCUGGUAGCUAUAGUGUUGCUACCGUAUGUUAUGAGCUCAAUAUCCUCCGAACAAGGGGACCAAGGAGAAUGCAGUGCAUCAUGCAAUCAAUCCCCGUGUCAGCAGUUCAAGAAGGGGGCGUUGCUCCUACUCCAACAGAGUUAGCGACCUGCCUUCCUCCAAAAUGCUGUCCAAUGCAUGUUUCAAAGGGAUCGAAGCAGCUUGCCAACUUGUGCUCUAGUGUCCCUACAACGGAUUUGGAACAAGGCACAAAAGAUCCACUCAUUUUGAAAAAUAAAGCUCCUAGAUGGCAUGAGCAGCUGCAGUGUUGGUGUCUGAAUUUUAAAGGACGCGUUACCGUGGCCUCCGUGAAGAAUUUCCAGCUGGUGGCCGGUGUAGAGCCAUGCCAUAAUGUUCCUUUGGCUGAACAAGAGAGAGUAAUACUGCAAUUUGGGAAGAUCGGUAAAGACAUUUUCACAAUGGAUUAUCGCUACCCUCUCUCUGCUUUCCAAGCCUUUGCAGUUUGCUUGAGCAGCUUUGACACAAAACCAGCAUGCGAAUGAUUCUUGUCUAUUCUCUCAUCACAUGACUAUCGUGCUCGUCUUCCCUUAGAAUUAACUGUAAUUAUACUUUUGGAACAGUGCACUUUAAGCUAUGGCUUUUGGUCAUUAGCAAGUGCCUUCGUUGAAGUCGCAGUAGUCUGUGUAAUGGCAGUAACCUGUAUAAAGCAUGGUGUAAGUUGCCAAUUUAUUUAUUUGCGCAGAAGCAGUUGUAUGCAACUUCCUCCAAGUAUGUAACAUCACUUCUAGAUAUUCCAUGUUUCACUUUCUGGAGGAUGUACGAAAAUCCCUCUUUUCUCAUAAAGAUCUCUUGUAUUGAA